UACAAACUUAUUCACAGUCAGUUUCUGUACCUUCGAAGAAAACCAAUAAACAUGAGGGCUUCUACCAUCAUCAUUUUGGCUGUUUGCCUCUUCAGUGUUGCUUUCGCAAAUGAAAAGGACGCCGAAGCUCCAAAAAGUAUUAAUCUCCUCAACUCGAAUGCGGCGGAAAGCAGCAACGUGAACUCUGCUGCUGCUGAAAGUGCAAAACCCAAGAACCCCAAGAACCCCAAGAACCCCAAGAAGCCCAAGAAACCCUGGGUUCCCAAGAGACCCAAGCUCCCCAAACUUCCUAAACUACCCAAAAUCCCUAAAUUACCUAAACUACCCAAGGACCCUAAAUUACCUAAACUACCCAAGGACCCUAAAUUACCUAAACUACCUAAACUACCCAAGGGCCCUAAAAAACCCAAUACACCUAAUGCUCCUUAGGGCUAAGAAAAAUCCCAAGAAAAAAACGGAAAUUUUAUAACAAAAACAGAUAUAUAUUGAAACGUGAGCCAAAAAUAAAUUAUAAAAUGUAAAUCAUAAAAUAAAUUAUAAUGUGUUUCGAA